GGCCGUGCAUGGAUCAUCAUUUAAAUACGCUUCUUGAGCUCUAGCACCGCCUGAAGAAAAUCUUAAUAAACAAACCACGAGGGUUUUGUCUCACUUCGGUUGGAUCGGCUCUCGGCAGCCAUUUAUGCUCCUCAAGAGUCCUGUUUCGGGUCUUUAGCUUUCUUGCCCUGUUCUUGGGGAAGUGAGCUCAACGGGACGCUGACAGGCUCGCGCUAAUCUUGGUCAAGAGUUUGAACCUCAACUGAAGCCUUGUAAGCGGUAAAGUUUUGAACUUUUGGGACGCGUCCUGAAUCAUGAAUGGAUUCUAAAGGAGAAGGUCUAAAAGGUGGCGAAAUCGCCAUGUCGCAGAAAAGUAAUGUCAGUGGAAAUGAUGUAGUUGUGAACAUCUCGACUGAAGGGGAUGCAAAAGCUGUGACUGAGGGCGGGGGCUUAAAAGGGUCGUCUUCCAAGGAGUUGGAAACUGCCGCUCCGAAACAAACCCCGGUGGAUUCUGCCUGCCAGGCAUCGAGUGAAUCAAGCACCGUUGUCGCAAAAUCAGUGCCAAUGAGCUGCCCGUCUCCCGAAAUAGCUGGUCUCAGCCCUAGCCGGAAUAAGCCGCCUAAAGCUCCCAAUGCUAACGAAUCUCUUGUUAGGAAAAGGAGUCUCAACAGGUCGAUUUUCUCAAAACCGAAGUCGAGGUUUGGGGAGCAACAGUAUCCUCUUGAUGCCACUAUGUUUGAAGAAGAGCCCAAUGCAUUGUUGCAAGAACAAGCAGGUGGGCACUCUCCUUUCAGAGGCUCAUUUAAUCAGGCAUCGCCCAAUAACAGAUCAACGCGUUCGGCCGGGAAUGUUCCUGUCACUCCGAGACCAGUUGGAGGAGGAGGUGGAGAGGAGGAUGACGAAGAGAUCUACAAACAAGUCACUCUUGAAUUGAGCAAAGCAAAGCAAAAGAGGAUAAAGACCAAGGCUUUGGUCGAAUGGACCCUUUUUUUUCUCAUUCUUGGGUGCUUGGUGGCUAGUUCAACGGUCGAUCGAUUGGAAGCAUGUAAGCUAUGGGGUUUAGAGAUGUGGAAGUGGUGUGUACUUGUGAUGGUGUUAUUCUCUGGCAUGUUGGUUACCAAUUGGGUGAUGCAUUUCAUAGUUUUCUUGAUUGAGAAAAAAUUUUUACUUCGGAAAAAGGUACUCUACUUUGUUCAUGGUUUGAAGAAAAGCGUUCAAGUUUUCACUUGGUUGGCCUUUGUUCUUCUCACGUGGGUACUGUUAUUCAAUCGAGGCGUCAGGAGGUCGAAGAUUGCCAAUAAGGUUUUGGAUUGCAUAACCUGGACUCUUGUCUCUAUUCUUAUUGGUUCAUUCCUUUGGUUCUUAAAGACUUUAAUGCUGAAGAUAUUAGCAUCAAGUUUCCACGUCACUGCAUUCUUUGAUCGAAUUCAAGAGUCGAUCUUCCAUCACUAUGUUUUGCAAACCUUAUCUGGGCCGCCUCUUAUAGAGGAGGCUGAGAGGGUGGGGAAAGAUCCUAGUGUCCGCGAGUUUAGUUUCAGAACCAUGAAGAAAGGUAAAUUGGGAAAGGAGAAGAAGGUGAUUGAUAUGGGGAAGAUAUAUAGGAUGAAGCAAGAGAAGGUUUCGGCUUGGACGAUGAAGAUGUUGAUUGAUGCAGUGACAAAUUCGGGGCUAUCGACCUUAUCGAAUACAUUGGAUGAAAGUGUUGAUGAUGGAGGAGUUGAGCAAGCGGAUAAGGAGAUAACGAAUGAGAUGGAAGCGAUGGCUGCUGCCUAUCACAUUUUCAGGAACGUCGCUCCGCCGAGCUGCAAGUACUUCGAAGAAGAAGAUCUUGGGAGGUUCAUGAUCAAGGAAGAGGUGGAUCUUAUCUUCCCAUUGCUUGAAGGAGCAGCAACUGGAAAAAUUGACAUAAAAUCUUUGUCAGACUGGGUGGUGAAGGUUUAUCAAGGCCGCAAAGCGCUGGUACAUGCUUUGACAGACACAAAAACAGCAGUAAAGCAAUUGAACAAGCUCGUGACAGGAAUAUUGAUCGUUAUUACCAUCAUCAUAUGGCUUCUUUUGAUGGAAAUUGCUACGACCAAAGUACUAGUCCUGCUUUCGUCACAGCUUGUUGUGGCAGCUUUCAUUUUCGGCAACACAUGCAAGACAAUAUUUGAGGCUAUCAUCUUUGUGUUUGUUAUGCAUCCAUUUGAUGUUGGCGAUCGUUGUGUUAUUGAUGGAGUUCAGUUGUUGGUGGAGGAGAUGAAUAUCUUGAACACUGUCUUCUUGAAGCUCGAUAAUGAAAAAAUCUACUAUCCAAAUUCAGUUUUGUCUACGAAACCCAUAAGCAAUUACAACAGAAGCUCAGACAUGGGCGAUAAGGUGGAGUUCUCAAUUGAUUUUAUGACUCCAUUGGAAAGAAUUGGAGCAAUGAAAGAGAAGAUAAAAAGGUACUUGGAGAGAAAUCAGCUACACUGGCGCCCGAACCACAACUUGCUUGUGAGUGAGAUCGAGAACGUGAACAAGAUUAAGAUGGGGCUCUACGUCAAUCACACAAUGAACUUCCAAGAUUACGCAGAGAAGGGCAGACGGAGGACUGAACUAGUCAUGGAGUUAAAAAAGAUUUUCGAUGACUUGAAUAUUAGAUAUAAUCUCCUUCCUCAAGAGGUCCGUCUUUGCCAGAUUGAGGAUAAGAAACAGGCGUGAAGGGCAGGUGAUGACUGCAUUUGGCCGUCGAAUGGAUGCUCUGAAAAUCUGCCAAAGUCAGUGGUUUCGUCCGCCUGCUAAAUAAAGGAGAUGACUAGGUCUUUUGAUAAAUUGGGCUCUACUUCAUUGUUCUUUUCACAUGGCGAUGGAGCAAGGCCUACAGAAGACAGUUGCAUCGCCUUGGGCAUGUCAAGACAAUCAAAAGACCCAAUUACUGAUGCACGAUAAUUGUGUAUUGCAAAGCAUACCUUAAUCUUGUUCUGUCUUUUGGAUGUUAUGGGACGCCUUUUUUA